AUGACCAGCACAAUAGCCCGCACUGAGGAACGCCAGAACGCUGGCACCAUUGAACUGAAAGAUGACACGGUCAUCGUGGUCCUCGGUGCCUCCGGAGAUCUCGCAAAGAAGAAGACGUUCCCUGCACUGUUCGGUCUUUACCGUAACAAAUUCCUCCCCAAGGGGAUCAAGAUCGUCGGAUAUGCUCGGACGAACAUGGACCACGAAGAAUAUCUGAGACGGGUGCGCUCGUACAUCAAGACCCCCACCAAGGAAAUCGAAGAACAGCUGGAUGGCUUCUGCCAGCUGUGCACCUACAUCAGCGGCCAAUAUGACAAGGAUGACUCGUUCAUCAACCUCACCAAGCACCUCGAGGACGUCGAGAAGGGCCAUAAGGAACAGAACAGAGUCUUCUACAUGGCGCUGCCUCCUAGCGUCUUCAUUACCGUGUCGGAUCAAUUGAAGAGAAACUGCUACCCCAAGAACGGCAUUGCCCGUAUUAUUGUCGAGAAGCCCUUCGGCAAGGAUCUCCAGAGUUCUCGUGACCUCCAGAAGGCCCUUGAGCCCAACUGGAAGGAGGAGGAGAUCUUCCGUAUUGACCACUACCUGGGUAAGGAGAUGGUCAAGAACAUUCUCAUCAUGCGCUUCGGAAACGAGUUCUUCAACGCUACCUGGAACCGUCACCACAUUGAUAACGUGCAGAUCACAUUCAAGGAGCCGUUCGGCACGGAGGGCCGUGGAGGUUACUUUGAUGAGUUCGGCAUCAUUCGUGAUGUCAUGCAGAACCACCUUCUGCAGGUGUUGACGCUUCUUGCCAUGGAGCGUCCCAUCUCUUUCUCUGCUGAAGACAUUCGUGAUGAGAAGGUGCGUGUUCUGCGCGCGAUGGACCCCAUUGAGCCAAAGAACGUCAUCAUCGGCCAGUACGGAAAGUCGCUCGACGGUAGCAAGCCCGCCUACAAGGAGGAUGAUACUGUCCCUCAAGACUCGCGCUGCCCGACUUUCUGCGCCAUGGUUGCGUACAUCAAGAACGAGAGAUGGGAUGGCGUUCCCUUCAUCAUGAAGGCCGGUAAAGCCCUGAACGAGCAGAAGACCGAGAUCCGUAUCCAGUUCCGUGACGUCACUUCCGGCAUCUUCAAGGACAUCCCCCGCAACGAACUUGUUAUUCGCGUCCAGCCCAACGAGUCGGUGUACAUUAAGAUGAACUCCAAGCUGCCGGGUCUCUCCAUGCAGACGGUCGUUACCGAGCUUGACCUUACCUACCGCCGCCGUUUCUCCGACCUCAAGAUCCCGGAGGCUUACGAGUCUCUGAUUCUGGAUGCUCUGAAGGGUGACCACUCGAACUUUGUCCGUGACGAUGAACUUGACUCGAGCUGGAAGAUCUUCACCCCUCUGCUGCACUACCUGGACGACAACAAGGAGAUCAUCCCCAUGGAAUACCCCUACGGCUCUCGCGGACCUGCUGUGCUCGACGACUUCACCGCAUCGUUCGGGUACAAGUUCAGUGAUGCUGCUGGCUACCAGUGGCCCCUGACUUCGGCCCCCAACAGACUGUAA